UCCCCCGCGCAGGCACACCGCGGUCGAGGUGAUACACAUCUGAGCAGACCACCACAACACUGCAAUGUGGAGCACACUUCACUACACGGACGGGCGAUGGACCACAGGCCACAACAGGUGUGCAUCCCAAGUGUGCUAUUACGGAGGAGGAGGAGUCUAGACUACUGUGGAGGCCGCUAUCAUGACGUACACGACCAUGACGUAUCUGUGUACAACAACAAUAAAAUAAUUCACUUAACAGCCAGGCCUUCUGCAUAGCCACUCCCUCGUCAAUCCACCACCAUGCCCGACUCUAAGCUCACCUCCUCAAUCGCCAUCAUCGGCGCCGGCGACGUCGGCGCCACAAUCGCCUACUCCCUCAUCCUCAGCUCCACCACCUCCGAAAUCCUGCUCGUCGACCCGCAAGAAGACCUCCGCGACGCCCAAAUCCAAGACCUCGCCGACGCCGCCGCGCACACCAACACCCCAACCGCCAUCCGCGCCGGCACCCCCGCCGAAGCCGGCCAAUGCGACAUCAUCGUCUUCGCCGCAGGCGCGAAGCAGAAAGAAGGCGAAUCCCGCACCGACCUACUCAGCCGAAAUAAGAGUAUUCUAGAGUCCUCGCUGCACGACAUGCGCCCCUUCGGCGCCCACACCGUGCUCCUCCUCGUCGCCAACCCCGUCGACACCCUCACCCAGCUGGCCCAGCGCGCCUCCGGCCUCCCCACCCCCCGCGUCUUCGGCACCGGCACCACGCUCGACUCCGCGCGCCUGCGCUCCACCCUCGCAUCCCGCGCCCGCGUCGCCACCAGCGCGGUCCACGGCUGGGUGCUCGGCGAGCACGGAUCCAGCCAGGUGGUUGCGUGGAGCGGGGUGCGGAUCGGCGGUGCGGCGCUCGAGGCCGCGCUGCCGUCCGGAGUGUCCGUGGACAAAGAGGCUGUGGCCGCGGAUGUGAGGGAUACGGCGGCGCGCGUGAUUGCCGGCAAGGGGUCGACGAAUUUCGGGAUCGGGGCUGUGGCGGCGGGGUUGUGUGGGAGUGUGCUCCGGGAUGAAGGGGUGGUGCGGGUGGUGAGUUGGUGGCACGCGGAGUUGGGGGUUUGUCUGAGUUCGCCGGCGGUGGUGGGGCGGGGGGGUGUGGUGAGGGGGGUGGAUGGGGGGUUUAGUGAGGAGGAGAGGGAGGGGUUGGAAGAGAGUGCUAAGGCGCUGAGGGGGGUGCUGGAGGAGCUUGAGAAGGAGGAGGGGGAGGGGAAGGGGGAGAACGAGAAGAACGAGGAGAAGGAAAAGAACGAGAAGGGGGAGGAGAAGUCAUAGUCGGUGUUUUUGUGGUCGACCACGUGACUGAGACUUACAAACGCGGACAGCCGUGUUCAUGUCCAUCCUUGUCUGCAGCUAUGUGUCAGCAUGCACGAAUCCACG